AUGAAGCAGCUCUGCCUUGUUCUAAAUUUCGUGGUGGUCUCACAAAUGCUUGAACAGGUCAAUGGGACGACUAAAAUUGAGUUCCUAGCCAGUCGAGUUCGUUUCAACCCCAAACAUUUUUCCAAUCUUACGCUUUUCACCGAAAAUUCGGCAAUUUAUGCGGACAUAAUGGUAGUAAAACCUCUGCGACAGGGAUUCAAAGCCAACGUUGAGUUCAAACUACGUUUAAACAAUUCUAAAACCCAUCAGAAAUUGUUUAACCACGUUUUGGAUGUUUGUGAUAUGCUUGUCGGCCUGAGGAAGACAAUUUUCAGAAAAUGGUUUGAAUCCAUAUUAAAAUACAGCAAUUUUAUGCAAAACUGUCCUGUUCCUGAGGGCCAUUACUACUUGCGUGAUUGGAGGCCGGAUGCCUCCAUCAUACCAGCAUAUCUAUUUGCUGGUGAUUACCGCAUUAGGGGCUAUUGUUUCUAUGGCAAUUAUAAAAAGAAGAACAUGGAGUUUCUCAUCGACAUGGAAGUCGAUGCUGUAAUAUCUUAA